CUGAAACUGCUAGUCGGCAAAGUGAACUUACUAAAAAUGUUGCAAACAAAUAAGUUGCUGCAAAAGGAACAAGUCGAGUUGUAUGCCAUAGAAAAGAAGCUGCUCAAAAUAAUACCCAAAGUGCAAGAAGCGAUGAAUUCCCUGAAGGUGGAGGAGCUACAUCUAAAAUCGCUGUCAGUGCAGCAGGCACUGUCCACACAAACAGUUGCAUCCAGCUCAGAUGUGACCAUCAGUGAAAUAUUACCUGCCCAAAGUAUGGUCACAGCCAGCGAGCAGAUAAACCGGCAAGAAAUCGACUUGGAUAUAGUUGGAAGCAAGCUGGAACUUUAUGAUGUUGAAAGCGAUUCCGAUGAAGCGCAAUUUUAGUUUGCUUAUUAGUUUUAUUGAUACAAAUUUAGCUAACUUGAAGAUGGUCCGAAAACAAAAUAUACAAAUUAUGACUUACAACUUAAA